GACAGCGCGCGCCCGGCCCGGCCAUGGCGCGCUGGGCACACGCGGUGCGCUCCCGGCAGCCGGGCGCGUGCGCGGCGGCCCCGCGGAGGAAACGCCACCCGGGGCCGGUCCGAGGCCCGGCGGCGGCAGAGCUGGGCACCCCGCGGGCGCUCGGCACCCGCCCCGACCCCACCCCGCGGCCCCCGCGCCGAGAUGCGCCCCCAGGCCUGGCUCUGACCCAGCGCCCGGGGGGCCCUUCGCCCCGCCCCUCCCCGCCGGUGCAGGAACUGUCCCUUCCCAGCGGCCCCCAGGAGCGCCAGGACCCUGCAGGGGUCGUUGCUCAGGUGGCCUUGGCAGCAGCCGGCCUCCCGGAGAAGGAACCUCCGAGGGACCGCCCUGGGAGGCCAAGGGCCGCCGGGCUGGGGAGAAGAGCUCGCGGCAGCGGCCCUGGCGCCUCGGGAGCGCCCGCCCCCCUUCCCUUCCCAGAACCGGCUUUUCCAGCUCGGCGGCUUCGCCAGGCUUCUGGCGGGUGGGGAUUGUUUUCCCCGGGGGCUUGGGUGGGAAGAGUGAAGACAGGGAAGCUGGCUGCCCACACAGUGCUCUGCCGUCCGCGCCCCCUCCAGAGGCGCCCCAGGGACGCCGCAGCUGAAAUAAACACGGACCCCGGGCGCUGCCUUCGCAGAGGCGCAGACGCUCCACCAUCACGACGUCGGGCCUCCGCGCAAACACCAGGAGAGGCCUCGAACGUCCUGCAAGGGCUGCCGGAGUCCGGUGCGCCUGGGGCCGGUACACAGCUCCCAGGGCUCCCAAAAUGCACAGAAGGGCGUGACUUCUUCCCGUGGCGAGCAAGUCCGCGGGGGAGUUGGAAGACCCAUCCCAGACCUUGGCCCAGGGGGCGAGCUCCGGACUGCACUGCAGGGUGUCCCCCACUGAGCUGGUUCAGCCUCUGCGAGCACAUAGCUAAUGAGGCAGGGAGAAGUAAGCAAUCAUGGUGUGGCCAGGGCUCCAGGAGAGGCCCAGCCGAGAGGCCUCCCGGAGGAGGUGUCCUCCAGCGCAAAGGUGCUCCCUGCUAAGGCGGGUGCGGGAGAGUAGCUGGCCUCAGGAGGUCCCACCUCCCCGGGGCUCUUCAGAGUGCCAAGUCUCAGGUAGCCUGAGAUGAAGGGGAGGACCCCUCAGAGCCUCGGGGCUGCCUUCCACUCUGCAGGUGGAGAGCUGGGGGUCUGAGAGGUGCUGCCCAGGGUCACCCGCUCGCUAGAGUUUGGGCUGGGCCCUGGCACAGAGUAAGUGGUUAAUAAAUGGAACUGUGCAGGUUGGAAUCCAGCAAGCCAGGUCGAUCUCCAUGGACCCUCCCUCCCUCAUUUCCUACAAAGCUUUGAGUCCCUUCUACGUGGUGAUUAAGACACAAACAAGAGCCCCGUAGACAAAAACGUUAAGAUAAUUUUAGUUAUUGAUAAGUGGCGUGUUAGUGAGGGACUGAGCGAGUACAGAGAGAGCACAGUGAGCAGGGCCUCCGUGGGUGGGGGGGGGUCUCUGAGCUGAAGGAUGAGCAGGGCCCAGCCAUAGAGACAUAGAGACAGAGUAGGCCAGGCGGAGGGAAUGGCAGAUGCAAAGGCCCUGAGGCAAGAAUAUGCCUGGCGUGUAAGAAGAGCAGAAAGUCAGCUGGAGCAGAGGGAAGGAGGGGUGUGCAGGCCACGGAGAGGAGUUUGGGUCUGAUUUCAAGUACGUUCCUCCCGUGUGAUCGGUGUGGAGAGGGCAGGAACAGCUGCUGUGGGAGAACCCCCGCUGGACUGAAGUGAGCCUGGGGAGCUGCUCCAGGAUGUGCACUUGGACUGAACGCCUGCUCUUCAUUCCCCUGAGUCCUUCGGCCGCAGGGUUUUCUGGGAGGAAUCCCACGGCCAGGAGGGGCCCACUUGACAGGUGAGAACACUGAGAGGGGUGGAGGCCCCAGCCAAGGGCGUGCGCUUGCUGAGCCCCGAGUCAGGCUCAGGCGCUGGGAGACGUCUGGGCCCUGCGUGCCGCUGGCUGGGAUGUCGGGCCUGAAGCGGAGCUGGAGCCAGAGUCGUUGGUGGGGGCCCUUAUGGGGGCUGAAGGCGUGGGGCCUGGGCCCGGAGGAGGCACGAGGCAGAAGGGCGGGCUGCAGGUGCUUCUCUGAAGGAUGGAAAAAUCGAUGCCCGCAGAAGAGCGGGCUCAUGGAAGGUACGGACAGCGCAGUGAGAAGACCCAGGUCCCGGGGGAGGCAGGCGCCCGGGGGCCUGCCGGCCUGGCGCUGGCUGUUCCCCGGCUCCCAGAACAAACUCAGAGGCGGGCGUGGGCAGCCCGGAAGCCAGCGAUGUGGUUUUGUCUUUUAAGAUUUUUGUUCUGAUUACAAAAGCUGUAUAUGUUAACGUAGAAAAUAAAAAUUACUGAAUCCAUCCCCAGAGGUAA